GGGUGCUCUAUAAAACAAAACCAUUGUGAAACCAAAGAAGAGAAAUAGAUUUCUUUUGACACAGAAAAACACAAAACUCUCUUCUUGCAACUUGCACUUUCCUUUUCUUUCUGUCCCUAAAAAAAACAAGAACAAACAAAGGAGACAACGUGUGUUUAAAAAAAAAAAAGGAGACAACGAGAUAGAGAAACAAAGUAAACACAGAAGAUUUGAGAGUGAAUCUAAUGGGUAAGAAGUGUGAUUUAUGCGAAGGUGUUGCAAGAAUGCACUGCGAGUCAGAUCAAGCGAGCCUCUGCUGGAACUGCGACAGCAAAGUUCACGGCGCUAAUUUUCUAGUGGCUAAGCACACACGAUGUCUUCUCUGCAGCGUCUGCCAGUCUCCUACGCCGUGGAAAGCCACGGGGCUUCGUAUCGGGCCAACCUUCUCCGUCUGCGACGCAUGCGUCGCUCUUAAAUCCGGCGGCGGCGGUGGAGACGGUGCAACCAGCACGACGGAGAAUCCAGGACAGGAGAUUAAUGGUUUCGAUGAUGGCGCUGAGUCUUAUGAUGAUGAUGAAGACGAGGAGUACAGUGAUGAAGAUGAAGUUGAGAAUCAAGUGGUGCCGUGGGCUGCUGAGGCGGCGCAACCUAUAAUGAGUUCAUCAUCUUCUGACGGAGGAGGUCUGGUGGCGAAGAGGACGAGAGAGUGCUCUUCCGAUGAGGAGAUCGGAUGCUCUUCAGCACAAGAGUCAAACAGUUUUCCGCCGUUGAAGCAAGUGUUAAGAGACGAACCGCGUUCAAAUCAACGGCUGCGAUUAACUCUGUAAUCAUAUUAGGAGGAGAGGACAUGAACGGCGCCUUUGAUUCGUCGUCGCUCAACUCUGUUCUUUGCCAUCUCCAAAACGAGGAGAAAUCUCAGCCGUUGAUUCUUCUUCUCUUUUGGGUGGAACUCCACCGUCCAUUUAGAUUCUAACAAUAUACUUUGUUUUUAGUGAUGAGGUAGUUAAUUGUUUUGUUAAUUUUAAACGUUUGUAUUAAUAUCACUAUCGCGUUGAUUUUGUUUAUCUAAGUAAUUAUGAUUCAGAAUUUCAUAUGUAUUGAAAUGGUUAUUUUCAGAUUCUAAUUUCA